AUGACUCUCGAGGAUCGUGUUCUGGCAUGUAUCACCUAUAUGAAUACAAUGGGCAUCAAUGUUGAGCUUUUCAUGACUGCACUCUUCUGGGGAGACCACGGCUGCAUUGUCAACCCGAAGAUUCGACACGAACGCACGGUGUUUAUGAAUAGCACCUCCCUUCGUUCUAUCCUGGAGCGCUGGUGGAAUCCGCCCACGCAUGACCAUGCAAGUGGUGGAAAGGCCGCAGUCCGGGAGUUUGUUAUGGAGCAUGCUGGGGAAAUGCUUGAGGAGGAGAUGCACGAUGCGACUCCCUCGUUUCGGCUCCCUGAAGAUUCGAAUCCUCUCUUGCAUGAGAACCUCACUACACUCAAUUUCCGCCACUUCGGUACUCAGCUCCUGCAUAGCGGGACACCGCUCUUAUGGAGACUCUUGCAGCGCUUAGCUUGUACGAGGCGGCAACAAAUCAAAAACACUGCAAAGAGUCCAUUUCAUGUGAUCUUGACAAUAAUCACCAUGCUCUUUUACUCCCGUUCACACGAUAAUUCCCGGUUGACAGUCCUGUGGUCGAUCUACCUCAAGGCGUGUGGUGUCCCAGCUCGAGCAUUUGACGUCCUUCACACCCUCGGGCUUGUUAUGAGCCACAAGUGGACUGCAAAUGCAUUUGCGAUUAUCUCACGGAAUGCAUUAGCUGAGACGCGUAAGGCCAUCCGCACCCAUCCCUACUUCGGCUCGCACGACAACCUAAAUAUUCCACUGCGCGUCUUCUCACAACGCCUGUCCAACACAAACCAUUUCAUCAAUGCCUCUGCCGCCACUAUAUACAUACUCCCCCGAGACGCCUUCCUGCCGCCCGAGAUGGCUGCAAAAGUCAAAGAGAGCCGCCGUGAGCGAAGCAAGGAACACUUCCCUUUCGAAUCUCUCUAUGUCACUGGCGAGCCCGAAGCCGAUUCUGCUCGUAGUCGUGUUGCUGCACAGGCUCGCUACCGCAUUCUCCGAUUUCUCCUCGAGUCCCCUGCAUUCGCCAACUAUGCCCACCGCAAUGACCCUUGCAUGGCUGCCCCACCUCCAACCGACCUCCUUCCCUGUGGCCCCGAUCAUGUGACACGACAGCAUAUUCUCGAGACAGUCGAAGUGGACGAGAGUACCUAUGAUGGUACUGACCGUCUAUGCAACAAUGUUUGGCUGAGUCAGCUAGGGUACACUUCAGAUGAGGAGAAACGUACCAUAGGUCAACGAUGGAAACUUGUCUGGGUCGGUGAUCAGCUCACUGUUGAACGCAUGCGCGGCAUGAUCCGGUACCGAUACGAUGACGUGAACUCGUUCGAACGCAUGGACUUUUACGAGCCCCAUUUCGGCUGGUUCCAUGCAACAAUGGCUUUUGCAAACUCACUACACACCCAAUAUCUCGGAACAUCUGCUGGAAUUGGCCUUCGAAAGGCCUUCGAAACACUCGGGAGGAAAGGGCUGAUGAAACAGGAGACAAAGGGUGUCUUUUGGCACAAUCUCGACGAGGCGCUAUGGCAUAUUGGGGAGGCUCACUUCUUGUCCCUCUGGAUGGAGGUUGCAGGUGUCGAUGACCUCGCUGCGCUGACAGAGAUAACACCAGAGAGGCUCAUCAGCCUUUCGGAUGAAAUUUUCCAUGCCCACGCUUCUCGCGAGGCCAUCCACCGCCUCGAUACUCUCACGAAUCGCAAGCGGGAUGAGGUGAAGCAGCAAAUGGUCAUGUUUGCGACAGACCUCUUGCCGUACUUCGAUCUUCGGGAGGCUAUGCAAAUUGGGGAUGUAGGGCGGAUGGAAGACCUCCUUCCCACGCUGCUGUUCCGAUUCGCAGGAGGCUCGAAUCCCAAGUACACGAUCGAAAUUCUAGAGCUGAUACAGAGGCUUCGAUGUGAGUGGCCACAGGAGUUUCGGGAUUACAUUCGGCGCUAUUGCUGGCUUGUGAACUUCACGGGGAAACGGAAUGGUUUCCUGGCCGUUGACAUGGCACAGGAGCAUAAUAUUAAGGAUAUCAAGGUUACAUGGCGCUCAUUUGGGCCGGGCGCAACAUUCCCGUACAUACAGAAGAUAUCACCUGCAAUCACAACCCUACGCGCCGUCAAAGCGAACGUGGCGAGUCAGUUCUCAAGUGUGAUCGGGCGCGGUACUCACCACGGAAGGCCGUCGAAGGAGGAGGACAUUGAUCGGCUGAUCAAGAUGUACCGGACCUCAAAGUUGCAUAGCUGGGAGGAUGGGCGACAGGUGAAAGGCGGGGUGUCCAAUCGAGCAACGGAUGUGAUGACCGUAGGAAGCGUCAGGCUCAUUGUAGAUGGGGCUGCUGAGCGAUGGUGGGAUGAACGGGACUUCGAAAGGGCGACAACAGAGUUGUAUGACAUGCUAGACUAG